UUGAACACUGCGCUGCUCAGCUUUGGGAAAUACACUCCCAGGUGAGGUGUAAUGCAGUGGCAAGGGGAAGCGCAUUGUUGACAGGUAGACGGAAAUAUUUGCCCGACCGCACAGGGGAGAGAUGGAUUUAAAUAAAACGGUGCUGUGCGAGAGCCUGAUUAUUUGGCUGCAGACCUUCAGCACCGCAGCCCCUUGUAAGACGUUGGAGGAUCUGACCUCAGGGGUCGCCAUGUCUCAGGCUCUGCAUCAAAUAGAUCCUUCAUGGUUCAGUGAGAGCUGGCUGGCACGUAUUAAAGAGGAUGUUGGAGAUAAUGUUAGACUCAAGAUGAACAACCUCAAAAAGAUCCUUCAGAUGAUUGUUGAUUAUUAUAAUGAGGUAUUGACCCAGCAGAUCUCAGAUUUCCCUCUGCCUGACCUGAUGCUGGUGGUAGAGCACUCUGACCAAGUAGAGCUGGGGCGCCUUCUUCAGCUCAUCCUGGGGUGUGCAGUCAACUGUGACCAGAAACAAGAGUAUAUCCAGAUAAUCAUGACCUUGGAGGAAUCUGUACAGCAUGUGGUGAUGACUGCCAUCCAGGAGCUUAUGAGCAAGGAGACCGUGUCUCAAUUAGGAACAGAACCUUUUGGAGACAGUAGCCAAAAGAUGAAGAAAGCCUUGGAGGAUCUAGCUGAGGUGAUGGCAGAGAAAGACGAGUUGGCACAACGCUGUCAGGAGCUCGACAUCCAGGUGACAAUGCUGCAGGAGGAAAGGAAUAGCCUCCUGGCAGAAAAUGACCUCCUGACUGAUCGAACCAGUCAGUUUGACACAUUUGAUGACCCCGGCACUCCAUCAGGGAGGAAGCACAGCCAGCUUCAGCUGCAGUUAGAGCAGAUUCUGGAAGAAAACUUCAGACUGGAGGCAGCUAAAGAUGAUUACCGCAUCCACUGUGAAGAGCUGGAGAACCAACUAGUGGAGAUUCAGCAUCGAAAUGAUGAACUGACCAGCCUGGCUGAGGAGUCACGAUCACUUAAAGAUGAAUUAGACAUAUUAAGGAGUUCCUCUGACCGGGCAGUGAAGCUAGAGGCCUCUGUUGAGACAUACAGGAAGAAGUUAGAAGAUCUGAGUGACCUCAGACGGCAAGUGAAAGUUCUGGAAGAGAAGAACAUGAGCUACAUGCAGAAUACAGUCAGUCUCGAAGAUGAGCUACGCAAGGCCAAUGCUGCAAGAGCUCAGCUAGAGACAUACAAGAGACAGGUGCAGGAGCUUCAUAGGAAAGUGUUUGAGGAGUCCCGCAGGGCGGAUAACCUGGCCUUUGAAAUGAAGAAGUUUCAGGAGAAACAUGAUGCUGCACUAAAAGAGAAAGAGAGGAUUAGUAUUGAGCGAGACACUCUCAGAGAGACCAAUGAGGAACUGCGAUGUGCACAGGCUCAACAGGACCAGCUAUUACAAGCAGGAAAAUAUCAAACAGGAAGUCCAAUCCAUGUUAACCUGGCAGCUGAGAUGUUGCCCAUUGAGCACAGGGAGAAGUUCAUCCGUCUGCAGCAUGAGAAUAAAAUGUUGCAGCUGCAGCAGGAGGAGUCAGAGAAUGAGCGCAUGACUGAGCUGCAGGUCCAGCUGGAGGAGGCACGGCGUGGACGCAGUGAACUGGACACUGAGAACAGGUUAAACAGAGAGAGAAUCAGUGAGCUCCAGCAGCAGGUGGAGGAUCUGCAAAAGGCCUUACAGACACAGGGAACCAAACCUGAAGAUUCUCAUCUGCAAAGGAAGCUGGAUGCUCAUAUGGUGCAACUGAAUGAGGCACAAGAUGAAAUUAUGAAGAAGAAAGAGCUGUUGGAAGACCUUCAGCCAGAUGCCACUCAAACCAGUGUGAAGCUGGAUGAGCUUAUGGCAGCACUGAAGAAAAAAGACGAGGACAUGAGGGCGAUGGAGGAUCGAUACAAGAUGUACCUGGAGAAAGCUCGAGAUGUGAUCCGAGCUCUGGAUCCCAAGCUAAACCCAGCCUCAGCUGAGAUUCAGUCCCUGAAAAGUCAGCUCUCUGACAAAGACAAGAGGAUAUUUUCUCUGGAGCGAGAGUGCGAGCAAGCCAAACUGAGAGAAUAUGAGGAGAAGUUAAUUGUGACAGCUUGGCAUAAUAAGAGUUUGAAUUUCCAGAAGAUAGCAAUCGAGUCACGGCUCGGUGGGCGGUGCAACUCUAUAGUGUCGCCUGGCCAGUCUUUUCUGGCUCAACAACGUCAGGUGACCAAUGCCAAGCGCACUAUGUCCAUCAAUGUACCUGCCUCUUCUUCCAAGUAACAUUGUCCUUAGUACCUCCCAAUGUCCUGCUCUUCUCCAUUCCCUCACGAGCACACUCAAUGACCUUAAGUGCACUUACAACAACACUUACACAAGGGGAUAAGCAUGCCUUUACGGGAACAUUAGCUUGUCCCUAUGUGCUCACUAUAUACAGUUACACCCCAUCACCAACACAAGCAUGUAUAAUAAUGAACUGCACAUACCAAGGAUGUAAAGAGAUAGUUCACCCAACAAUUAACAUUUUGUGUGGUCAUCAUCAUGUUGUUCCAAACCCGAAUGCCUUUCUUCUGCGGAACACAAAAUGUGAUGUUAGCUUCAGUCAGCAUUCAAUUUCAUCGUAAAAAGCAUGCAAUGAAAGUGAAUGGUGACUGAGGUUAUCAGUCCCUAACAUUCUACCUAACAUCUCUUUUUGUGUUCCACAAAAGAAGUCAUGAGUUUGGAACAAUAGGAGUAAAUGAUGACUGUAUUUUCAUUUUUCAGUGAACUAUCCCUUUAAAUUUACUUAAGCACUCAAUCAGCACACAUUAUGAUGUAGUUUUUUAGUUUUUUUGUUUUACAUUUGCAAUACUAAACAAGCACUCCUUAAUAUUACACUGACCUAAAACAGUCUAAAGUAGGGUCACUUUUGAACCAGCACUGAUACUAAAUCUGCCUGAAUGUAAGAGCUUUAAAGUGACAGGUCAAUCUUUUUUUUUUUUUCAAACUUUUCUCUGUUUCUGAAUGUGCUGAUAGAAAUGCAUCAGGUCUGAAUCAGCAGGCCCUACAACAGUAGCAUGUAUGCUUUUGCUUGAACUGACUUCCAACGAUACACAAUGCAGCCAUGGAAAAUGUUUGUAAUAUCCUGAGUACACAUAAUGCAUUGUAGGUGUGUACAGACUGCACAUUCUGACUAAAGACAUGAGGCCAUCUACCCUAAUUAAUCAAAAUCCAGCCAAGCAUGUUAAUACACCACAUGAAAGCUUAAUAUAAACAGCAGUUAAAAUGUAUUUGGUGCUGGACACCAGCUUUCUUUGUUUCUUCCUAUUACAAUGUCUUUUUCUCUGAAAGGACAGCAUGGAUUAAAAAAUACAUGUGUGUAACAAAAAAACAAAUGUAUAUGAUCAAACUGAUUGAUUAAUCUAAAUCCAGGUGCUUCUUUAAUCCAUUAUAAUGUUUUAUAUUCAAUUGACUGUGAUAGGACUCUUGCAUGCUCUUUUAACAAGUAAAAGGGCCAUUUUUUAUCUACUUAAUUGUUUCUUGUCUGUGUGAAGACCUCAGAUAUCAGGAUUUAAACACCAGCGCAUAAUCAUUGCAGGCCAGACAAGCUGUCUUUGAUAAAGCAAAAUGCUAUGACAGCUUUGAAUGUCUUGUAUGCCAUUCUCCUCUUUUGGCUUCACUCUUUAGGAAUACAUGUAUUUCUUGUGAAACAUAGCUGCAUUGUAAACCUGAAAUGGCUUUGCUGUAUAUUGUGAAAAUCUAUGCCUCUAGGUUGAUCAGACUGAAUUAUUUGCUAAUAGACUUGCUGUUUUAAGUGGUAAGGUUUAUCAUUACAAUUCUGUUGUGUCUUUUCUUAUGUUUUAUUUAGCUAGGCUUUUCCGUUGCCUGAUUUGGUUAACUCAUUUUUUGAAAUGCUAAUAGUUAUGUAUGACGUGUUUCAAAAAAGAACUCUUAAAUUGGUGUGCUCAAUUUUAUGAGCACUAUCAUUGUUUGUGAGAGAUAGUGAUUAAUAUGAAUGGAUUGAUAUGUAAUUACAAUAUUAUUGGGAGUUAAAUAGCACUUGCAGGCUUCAUUUUCAUGUGAUAAAUAAAUAAACAGUCUGAAAUUUGUU